CACAGAAGAAGCUUGCGAGAAUAUUGUGAUUACGGUAUUACCCUUCACCAUUCAACCAAAUUGCCCUUAUUCCAGCGUUUGCCUUCAUUGCCAAUUCUUAAUUACACACCGAUUCUCCUUUUUCCUCAGACAUUUCGAUACUUUGAUUUUGAUCAGAUCCACAACGCUUAUCAUGACGCUUGGCUCUGCAGGAUCCAGUGUUGUGGUUCCAAGGAACUUCAGAUUGCUGGAGGAACUUGAAAAGGGAGAAAAAGGAAUUGGAGAUGGUACAGUUAGCUAUGGAAUGGAUGAUGGUGAUGAUAUUUUCAUGCGCUCUUGGACUGGCACCAUUAUUGGCCCCUAUAAUACUGUACAUGAAGGAAGAAUUUAUCAAUUGAAGCUGUUUUGUGAUAAAGACUACCCAGAAAAGCCACCAAGUGUUCGAUUUCAUUCACGGAUUAAUAUGACUUGUGUUAAUCAUGAAACUGGAGUGGUUGAAUCAAAGAAAUUUGGACUUCUUGCAAAUUGGCAACGAAGGUUUACGAUGGAAGAUAUAUUGACCCAGCUGAAGAAGGAAAUGGCUGCUUCACAUAACCGCAAGCUUGUGCAGCCCCCUGAAGGUACUUACUAUUAGUCUCCAAGAUCAUACCGAUAUUGGAUCAUAUUGCAUAUGCAGUAUGCAAUAUAUAUAUAGUAUGUAAUACUCUGGAUCUUUCUCAAUUCAAGAACAUACAGGGGAAUGCCCAAAAGUGACCCAUCUUUACUUCCAUUGCUUCAGAGUUGUUUUGUUGCCUUACAUUGUUAACCGUGUUGAAGGCAUGCUCUGAUGCUAAAUAUUGAAAUCAACUCUUAGUGUUUUUUUUUCUCUUUCUAAUUAUAACUGCGCUUCCCAUUUUGAUCUUUUA